AUGAUCCGCGGCGCCUGGAUGUACCCCCGCGGGGGCGCCGCCGGCGGCGCGGUGUGCUGCGCGCCGCGCCGCAGCGACAAGCCGGUGGCCGACCCCGAGCGGGCGCAGAAAUGGCGCCUCUCGCUGGCCUCCCUCCUCUUCUUCACCGUCCUCCUCUCCGACCAUCUGUGGCUCUGCGCCGGGGCCAAGCUGCGGGCGCGGGAGCGGAGCGGCGCCGGGCGGGCGCGGAGCCGCGGGCCGCGGGCCCUGUUGGCGGCCGAGCCGGCGGGCGGCAGCUGCGAGGCCCUGCUCGGUAACCUCAGCCGGGCCCCCGGCCCCUGCCCCGCCGCCCGCGGCGACCUGGACUCGGCCUGCGCCCGGCUGCACGCCCUGCAGCGGCCGCGGGGUUCCCCGGCCGGCGCGCCCCUCCGCUCGCCCCCCGCCGCCGCCCCCUUCUUCGCCUCUCCCUCCUCCAAGAGGACCUUCCUGCAGGCUUACUUUAGGAACUUCAACCUCUCCUUUUGUGAUACUUACACGAUCUGGGACCUGCUGCGGGAGAUGGCCGGCCCGGACGGCCUGGACUGCAGCGUGGACAACCUGAUGGUGGACUUGGUGGUGGCGGCGGCCGGGGCGCUGGGCGGGGAGGCCUGUAGCAGCUGCGUCCAGGCGUACCAGCGGCUGGACCAACACGCUCAGGAAAAAUACGAGGAGUUCGACCUCUUGCUGGAGAAGUACUUGCAAUCGGAAGAGUACUCGGUCAGAUCCUGCCUGACAGACUGCAAGGCUGUCUACAAGGCCUGGCUGUGCUCCGAGUAUUUCAACGUGACCCAACAACAGUGCCGACACCGGAUCCCAUGCAAGCAAUACUGCCUGGAGGUGCAGACCAGGUGCCCGUUCGUGUUACCGGACAAUGACGAGCUGAUCUAUGGAGGUUUGCCUGGCUUCAUCUGUACGGGGCUGCUGGAGAACCAGCUGCCCGACGAGGAGGCCAAGUGCUGCGAGGUGCAAUGGGACUCCUGCAACCACCCCUCAGACAGCAACGACAACACAUCCCCCAAAUCCACAGCGUCAGAGUCACUCCAUUUCCACCGCCACGACCCCCACCUCCAUCACCAGCAGCAGAACCACUACCACCUCUACCACCACCACCACCACCAUCACCAGUACCACCAGCCCCACUCCCCAUCCUUGCUGCCGGUCUCCGCAGGGUCUCGCCUCGGCAGCAGCAGGAUCAGACUGUGCGUGCUGGUCCUGAUGCUUCUCCACACCAUGGUGUCCUUCUCGAGCGUGCACGGCGGCGGCGGGGCGGCCGGCGGAGGGCUCAGCCUGGAGGCCCUGCCCGCCCUGGAGGAAAGCGUGGCACGGGACGAGUGA